AUGGCCGCUGAUUUGGAAUGGAAAGCUGCCGAGAUCGUGGCCGUGCUUGGCUGGCUGCUCUCGCCCGUCAUCACCUUGCUCCUGCCCAAGAUCCUUGUCUGCCUUGGCUUCGACGCAUCCAAGAAGCUCCAGGAGCUGGAGAUCCACAUCAUCCCGGAGCUGAAGAAGACGCUGCAGGCCGUGGAUCAGGUGAGGAUGAUGCAGAGAGGAGAGAGGGUGAAAACCGAUUUGGAUGCGCUGGACAAGAUGGCCGCCAUGCUCAGGCAUGCUCUGGAGGACGCCGAAGACAUCUUCGACGAUGCUCAGCACAAAGGUCGUGCUCGGGUGCUGGCAUCGCCUCUGUGGCGCUUUCGCCACCUGCAUUGCCCACUGCAAAAGCAGCUGCAUCUGGAUUGCAUGCAUCGUCGGUCCCAACGAAAUCAGCUCGGCUGCUGCAGUGGGCGGUGGCUCUCUUGCUUGUGCAGCUCGUUCGACUUGUUCAAGAACUGUUGUGCAUCACUAUACAACUGGUGGUUAGUUCAUGUGUUUCAGGCUGCCUGCUUUUACAGAGACUGGUCAUAUCAAGUGAUUGGCAUCAAAAAAUGCCCGGAGAAUGCCUCCUUAUUUGAUAUGUUAGAUAUAUUCUCUACUGCUAUCUCAAUAGGGGAACUGAAGAAAAGAAUACAUAAGGUAGAAAACACCGUCAGUGAAGUGAAGAAGGCACCACUCUUGUGCGUGGCAAGCAACAGCACACAAAGUGAUAUUGCCAACAAGAACAGGAGAAGACUAGGAGCUGCUAGCAAGCGGGAGGUAUUUGGUCGAGAGGUGUUGCGUGAUGACAUCAUGGCAAGGCUGCGUGAGACACCACAGGUUGAUGAACCUAGCUCUAGUCCAUGUUACUCUGUGAUUGGCAUAUAUGGUGUUGCAGGGUCUGGGAAGACUACCUUUGCAGGAUAUGUUCGAGAUUACAUAAAGGAGGAAUGCAAGGAGGAGAAACUUUUCGACACCAUCAUGUGUAUUCAUGUGUCAGAGACUUUCAGUGUGGAGGAUAUAUUUCAAGAAAUGCUGCAGGAUAUUAGCGAAGAUAGUCUCUCCAGUAUUUCAGAUCAUAGGGGACUAAACAAAAAGUUGAAGGAAGCAUUGCGUGGCAAACGUUUCUUGUUGAUAUUGGAUGAUCUCUGGGUGAAAAACAAGAAUGACCAACAACUGGAGGAACUAAUCUCUCCACUCAAUGUUGGGUUGAAAGGAAGCAAAAUCCUGGUGACGGCUCGAACAAAAGAAGCAGCUGGAGCUCUGUGUGCCGAUAAACUUAUUGAAAUGCCUGAUUUGGAUGAGGAUCAGUACUUGGCGAUGUUUAUGCAUUAUGCACUAAGUUGUAAAAGUAUUGCCCUUAAAGAAUUUGAACAAGUUGGGAGAGAGAUUGCCAAAAAGCUACACCGAUCACCUAUUGCAGCAGUAACAGUUGCAGGACGGCUUGGGGCAAACCCAAAUAUCAGUUUUUGGAAAAAUGUUGCAAAGCUUGACAUGUUGAAUGACACCAUGGAUGCUCUCUGGUGGAGCUAUAAGCAGCUUAAUCCAGACAUAAUGCGAUGCUUUGAAUUCUGCAAUAUUUUCCCCAGAAGAUUCAAAUUGGAUAAACACGACUUAGUUGGCUUGUGGAUAGCGCAAGGAUUUGUAAAGACUAGUUGUCCAACAGAAGACAUGGAAGAUGUAGCUGAGGGCUACAUUCAAGAGUUGGUUUCAUGCUCAUUUCUGCGACCAGAUGAUUACUCUGAAGAAUGCUUUGCAAUUCAUGAUCUGCUGCAUGAUUUAUUAGCCAAGGUUGCUGGAAGUGAUUGCUUCAGGAUUGAGAACAUAUGGAGCCACAUAGGAGAAGGCUGGAAGGGAGAAGUCCCUCGAGAUGUCCGCCAUCUUUUUGUUCAGAAUUAUGAUGGGGAAUUGAUUACCAAGAAGAUCCUUGCAUUGGAAAAUUUACGCACCCUCAUCAUCUAUGUUGUUGGAUAUACACCAGUCGAGGAAAAAGUCAUUGAGAGUAUAUGCAAGAGGCUGCCGAAAUUGCGGGUACUAGCAGUUGCUUUCGGGGAGGACUAUUAUGUAAUCAGGAAACCCGAUGGGUUCUCUGUCCCAGAAUCUAUUGCUCAGUUAAAGCACCUACGCUAUCUUGCUUUAAGGACACAUAGUUCAUGCGCUGUAACUUUACCAAGCGCACUACCGAAGCUUCACCAUAUCCAGCUGCUAGAUUUUUACAAGGGCAAAAUACUGGAAUUCCCCUUUGCUGAUCUUGUCAAAUUGAGGCACAUGUUCUGCCGGCCAAACUUGAAAUUCCGUAACUUGGGCAGGCUGAUAUCACUCCAAACGCUACCAUCAUGCUUCACAGUAAGUAAUGAACAAGGGUAUGAGGUGAAGCAGCUGAGGGACGUAAACAAGCUUCGUGGCAGACUGGACAUCUAUGGCCUUGAAAAUGUGAAAAGCAAGGAGGAAGCUCUUGAAGCCAAUCUAGCUGCCAAGGAACGGCUCACAGAACUGUGCUUGGUAUGGUUUGGUGAUGAUGAUACAAGGUGCAGUCCAGAAGUUGAAGCAGAGGUACUUGCGGGCCUGUGCCCUCCCGUGGGGAUUCAAAAGCUUGUAAUACAUGGAUACAGAGGUUCAAGGUACCCAGAUUGGAUGGUGGGUAAGCAGAGCGGUGGCCCAGAUGGCCUGCGAAAUCUUCAACUCCAGCGAUGCAGCCAACUGGGACCUGGUCCUCAAUUUGAGGCUUUCCCUCAUCUUCGUGUGCUCUAUAUUUGGUGCUGCAGCUGGGACUCCUUGCCAGGCAACAUGGAGCACCUCACGUUGCUCGAGAAUCUAAAUAUCGUGGGAUGCAAGAAUAUCCGGUGUCUUCCAGCACUGCCCCAGUCUAUUGAGUGGUUUUCUCUUACUUCCUGCAACGAUGAAUUGAUGGAGUCUUGUAAAACAGCCGGACAUCCAAACUGGCAAAAGAUUGAGCACAUCCCCAGGAAAAGAUUUUCGGUGAUCUAG